AUGCGUGCGAGUAUAAGACGAGUGGGUGCCUUGCUGGUUGGAACAGACUGCCGGGUCCAGCUGCAGUAUGUCCUGGUUCCGGCAGAUGCGUGUGCUGCACGCGUGGCGGGCGCUGUCCCAGAGCGCAUGUAUACUGUACAUAGUGCCCUCUCAAACGUCGUGUACUUUGUAAGCGCGGAUAUCGUGUACUCUGUAUGCGUGGAAGUCGUGUUCUCUGAACAUGCAUCAGACUCUGUCCUCGCAGGCACUGUCCUGGUUCACGUUUUUAACGUUGUUUAUGUAGUUAACGUGGUGAACUUGCAAGUUCAAAGUGAAGAAUUGACAGAAUCAAUUUACUCUGCUGAUUGGCCGAAUGCAAGUCCAGAAGCUAAAAAGAUCAUGUUAAUGUUCAUGGUGCGAGUUCAAAAACCAUUUCAAUUGACAGCUAAUGGCUACCGUACAAUGAACUUAAAUACUUUUAGCGCUCAUCUUUUAAAAAUCGUAUGCCACAACUUAACAACCCAGAAAAUGGGUCCGAAGACUUAUUUCACAGUUUUCUUUAUAUUAGUUUUUAGUUCCGUUAUAUUAGCUACACGUUCAAAAUUAAAGGAACCAGGAGAAUCUGCGAGUGAAAAAUACGACACACGUGAAAACUCGGGAUCAAGCGAACGUUACGAUUAUUAUUCAGAUGAAGACUCAAAUAGUUCGGAAGAAUACUCGGGAAAUUCGGAGUCAAAUGAAGGUUCAUAUGAGGACUCGGGGUCAGGUACGGGAACAGGGGGAGGUGGGGGUGGCGGAAAUGCAACUGCAGCCGCUCAAAGUACAGCUAUAGCAAAUGGGACUGGAAAUGCAGCUGCACUUGCUCAAAGUAUCGCACAGGCAAUCGGAGGUGGCCAGAAUGGCGGAAAUGCAAAUGCUAAUGCUCAAAGUCUGGCAAAAGCCAACGGAGGCGGAAAUGCAAACGCAGCUGCCCUGAGUAUCGCUCAAGCACUAGGUUCGGGAAAUAGUGGAGCGAACUCAAUAGCAAAUGCCAUUGCGUCAGGCACUGGACAGGCCAGAAGUGAUGCAAUUGCUACAUCAAUUUCUAAUGCACAGGCAAAUGGUGGAUCCGGUAAUUCCAAUGGUGGUUCUGGUAAUUCGUCACGUAAAACAAAGCGACGUCGACGCAAAGGAAACUCGGGAAGAAGAAAAAAGAGAAAAGGAUAUCAAACCAGCCCCGGCGGAAAUACUGGAGGCAACAAAGAACCCGGAGGUGACAAAGGACCUGGUGAAAAUCCUAAACCUAAAGGACCUAAUGGCGAUAAAGGGCUAAGCGGCGAGAAAGGAAUGAAGGGCAACAAAGGACCUGUUGGUGAUAAAGGACCUAAAGGUGGCAAGGGACCUGGUGGAAAUUCUCAACCUAAAGGACCUAAUGGCGAUAAAGGGCAAAGCGGCGAGAAAGGAAUGAAGGGCAACAAAGGAUCUGUUGGUGAUAAAGGACCUAAAGGUGGCAAGGGACCUGGUGGAAAUUCUCAACCUAAAGGACCUAAUGGCGAUAAAGGGCUAAGCGGCGAGAAAGGAAUGAAGGGCAACAAAGGACCUGUUGGUGAAAAAGGACCUGAAGGUGGCAAGGGACCUGGUGGAAAUUCUCAACCUAAAGGACCUAAUGGCGAUAAAGGGCUAAGCGGCGAGAAAGGAAUGAAGGGCAACAAAGGACCUGUUGGUGAAAAAGGACCUGAAGGUGGCAAGGGACCUGGUGGAAAUUCUCAACCUAAAGGACCUAAUGGCGAUAAAGGGCUAAGCGGCGAGAAAGGAAUGAAGGGCAACAAAGGACCUGUUGGUGAAAAAGGACCUAAAGGUGGCAAGGGACCUGGUGGAAAUUCUCAACCUAAAGGACCUAAUGGCGAUAAAGGGCAAAGCGGCGAGAAAGGAAUGAAGGGCAACAAAGGACCUGUUGGUGAUAAAGGACCUGAAGGUGGCAAGGGACCUGGUGGAAAUUCUCAACCUAAAGGACCUAAUGGCGAUAAAGGGCUAAGCGGCGAGAAAGGAAUGAAGGGCAACAAAGGACCUGUUGGUGAUAAAGGACCUGAAGGUGGCAAGGGACCUGGUGGAAAUUCUCAACCUAAAGGACCUAAUGGCGAUAAAGGGCAAAGCGGCGAGAAAGGAGUGAAGGGCAACAAAGGACCUGUUGGUGAUAAAGGACCUGAAGGUGGCAAGGGACCUGGUGGAAAUUCUCAACCUAAAGGACCUAAUGGCGAUAAAGGGCUAAGCGGCGAGAAAGGAAUGAAGGGCAACAAAGGACCUGUUGGUGAUAAAGGACCUAAAGGUGGCAAGGGACCUGGUGGAAAUUCUCAACCUAAAGGACCUAAUGGCGAUAAAGGGCAAAGCGGCGAGAAAGGAAUGAAGGGCAACAAAGGAACUGUUGGUGAUAAAGGACCUAAAGGUGGCAAGGGACCUGGUGGAAAUUCUCAACCUAAAGGACCUAAUGGCGAUAAAGGGCAAAGCGGCGAGAAAGGAAUGAAGGGCAACAGACUGAAAAAGGACCUGAAGGCGGCAAGGGACCUGGUGGAAAUUCUCAACCUAAAGGACCUAAUGGCGAUAAAGGGCUAA